AUGUGGUUCUCUGCUUUUGUACUUAUUUUCGUUGGCAUGUGCUUGUGUCUAAGUGGCGCAUCUAUAUGCCAACCAUACUCAACAUUCUAUGUAGACUGCAACAGCUGCAUGUGUAGCGGCAACGGAAGAGAAUAUUCUUGCACGAACGAAAUUUGUCCUCCAAAGGUUGAUUAUGAUGAAAACUAUGACGUGAAGCUAACAAAAGAAGGCUACAAACUUUUGGUGCCUAAAAAUGACGCCAGACGUACAUUGGACGAUUACAGUGACUCUGUUCUUACAAAGAAAAGAUUUCCAAGAGUUCCUUUCGGUUAUCCCUAUAUCAAUGAUGAAAUUCCACCUUCGAACAAAGAAAGUGACAAUAAAUUCGAAGACAUCGAUGACAUAAACGAGGAAACUGAAAAAAUCACCAAUGGCGAAGAUGAUAAUGAAGUUGUGAAGCGGGAGGAUCCAUUAAUACGACGAAAGCAGGAAGACAUCAGAAAAUGA